AUGUCAUGUCUAUCAUCUCCAUCUCCUAAACUUCAACCUUUAACACUUUUGUUUAAAGUUUAAAUGAUUUUUGACUGACAUUUUCUUCAAAGCAUAGGUUUACAAUCCUUGAAAAUCGAUUCAUAAUAUGCGUGAUGCGAAAAUAAGAUUAAUCAAGUACAUAUAAAUAUAUUCAACAGUUAAUUCAUGCCUCAACAGAGUCAUAUUAUUCUUUUUAAUAAAAUGGAGGAUGUAAGUGAUUUGUCAGGGGAAGUAACAGUAGUGGAUGUGUAUGAUAUUGCGUCUGAUAUUGGAAAGGAAUGCGAAAAAAUUAUAGAUCAGCAUGGGGCUGAUGCCAUGACUGCUUUAAUGCCCAAAGUAAUCAAUGCAUUGGAACUGUUGGAAAACCUGGCUACAAGAAAUGAAAGAGAGAAUAUGUUGUUGCAUGAACUACAGGCCAAAAUAUCUCAGUUAGAAAAUGAUAAACUCGAAAAAGCUGAGUACAGAAAGAAGUUUGAAAAGGAGUUGGAAAUCAUCGAAGAACAAUGGAGAUCUGAAACCAAAGAAUUGGUUUCCAUGGUUUCCAAAUUACAAGAAGAAAAUCGACGUCUUGUCAAGGAACAAAGUCCAAAUCAUACACCAGCGAAUUUAACCCCUACCACAGAAAACGAUAUUUUGCAGAGGUUAAAGGAUUCUGUCGAAAAGCAGAGAGAUGAAAUUAGGUUUAAAGAAAAAUUGUUACAAGAAAAAAACCUUGAUGUAGAUAAUUUAAAGACUCAAGUUGAAAAAUUGACCAGUUCCAGUAAAGAGCUACGACGAAAACAUAAAUCGAUGCAGAAUCAAGUGAGAACGCUUUGUGAUGAAAGGGCGGACUUCCUAGUGCAGUUACAGGAUCAACAGAGGGACAUAUCAGCACUUAGGCAAAGAUUAGGUCUAGCACAAAAAGAAAACGAAGAUCUGGUAAAGAGUGAUGUGCCAAUACCGAGCAAUAUGGCGAUGUUCGAUUUAGAUGACCCAAAUAGACCAAGAUUUACAACGCAAGAAUUAAAAGAUAUUUUACACGAACGCAACGAACUUAAAGCUAAAGUUAGUGAUUUAGAGGAUGAAUUGGAAACAUAUCGACCAAAGAAAAAAGAGGAAACCAUCAAAAUACUUAUUCCGUUAAUGGAACAAAUUGAGAUGAUAUAUGAGAAUGUAGUAGGUCCAAAACAAAACACUAGUCCAGUUUUAGAUGAACCCCCCUUGGAUGAAGAUGCUCCAGUGCAAGGUCCUCUUCCAUACGAACCUGAUGAUGCUCCUUGGAAAAAAACCACUGAAUCCGGCAUUAGGAAGUUUUUUCGGAAGCUCUUUUCGGAGAACAGUAACGGUAGCAGUUUUCCAAAGCGUAGUCUCUCCACAUUGUCUAAGAUGGCUCUGUCUUCAACUAGCGAACCAGUGUCUAUAUAAAUUUGAAUCGGUUUCAUCGUAUGGAUCAUUGUGUAGUGCCAUUAUCGAAUCUCACUUAGGAACAGGUUAUGUACAUCAUUCUAUGUAACAGAAGAACCAUUGCACUCGAAUACAUAGACAACUAGAUCAAGUAUAAUUUUGGAUAUUGUGAUAAGUUAACGGUAAAGCAGUUAGAAGAAUCUUUUGAAACAGUAUUUAUUCGUACUAGCAUAUUUUUGAAGUAAGUACCGUUUUAAAAUAAGAAACAAUAAAAAAACUAUACAGUAAUCGUAAAUUAUGGUGAGGUUGCGCUGCGCACUUUUACUGCGCAAUCCUAACCAUAGCCGCGAUGUAAACGAACUAUAGGGGGCGCUUUGACAGAUGCCGAGCUGAUUGAGAAUGUAGGAAAACAAACCAAACUGCCAUAGCUGUAGCACAUGAAACAUCGCUUAAGUGAAGCAUCACUCAUUCGUUUCGGGCCCCACGUUGGGCGCCAGUGAAACGAAUUAGGCGAUGGACUACCCCAGCUAAUUGAAAUAAUAUUCGAAAAUAUUACCGCAAUCAUCCAAGAUAGCCAUCGCUACACCCUUAGCUUAGCUCAGUCUCUCAAGGUGUGUGUUCGUCUUGUCCUAAUCUUAGAAAUGAACUAUGAAAAUUCGGAAUGAAGCAAACAAAACAGUACUAAUCAUGUUUAUUAUUCGACAAAGAUAUAAUAAAAAUAUGACUUAGUAAAUGCAUUAACAAAUAUAUUCAAAUUCUUGCCAAAAACUUAACAAUUUGUAGAUUAUACUUAUGGCUUUGGUAUCUGGUUCGAUGGUAACUUCUUGAUGUCGAAUGGUACUGCUGUAGACUUCUUAUAGAUCUGGGCGGAUAUUCGGCCUCAGAUCCCUGCAGCUGAAGAUGUUGGGUGCUGUAGUCUGGAUGUCAUGGUCUCAUUCUUCGCCUUAAAAUUGCAUCACCGGUGAUAGGCUUGAAGCUCCCGAAGGGAGGACUGAUCUUUAUUCCCAAAAACUAUAAGAUAAAGACACAUAUCAAUCAUUAAGAAGAAAAACCAAAUUUUGCCACGUCUGCCAUUCUUUUAAGAAAUAAUCAAAAAGAGUAGCAGAUGACAAGAAUAAAUUAAAUGGAAUUAAGAUUGAAUAUUACUAGUUAAAAUUUAUUUACUAAAAGCAUAUUAAUAGAUGAAAUGAAAUAUAGAAACCAAACACAUGGUUGAACAUUUGAAGGUUAGGUAUAAGAAAAAAUUAUAAAAAAUUAAAAGUAGGCUAUAAAAAGCUUAGAACAAAACUCACCCCAAGAGAAUAAUAAGUCUGCAAAUAGAUAGCUAUUAUCAGCUCUGUAAUUGCCUUUUAUAAGAUUACCACCACCAUUUUGAGAAUUGAAAUGACAGCGUGAACUGUAGAAAGGUAGGCAUGUUCCGUAUUAAGGCAGAUAUUUACAGAGUAAGAAUACACGGGGUAUGUUCAGUAUGAUGAUUUAGAUGUUAGAUGAAAAGAGAUAUAUUAAAUAGAAGAUAAUAAAAGAGGAUAAUAAAAGAAGGCUCCAACGAGUUUUUAACGAAGAAAACUGGUAAAACAAAUAGAAGAAAAUUAUUGUUAAUGAAAUAUUAAAGAAAAUAAAGUAAAAUAAUUAUUUAAAAAUAAAGUAUCAAAAAUGUGACGUUUGUAACGUUACAGUACGAAGUUAGAAGGCGAAGGAAUGGAAGCUAAUUUUAGAACAGGGCAAGACCCACUGGGAGUUGUAGAGCCAAUGAAGACGUUUGUUAUCAUUAUGAAUUUCGUCAUUUUAGCGAUUUAAGUUUAUAAUUAGUGAAAUUACUUUACUUUUUUUUGUCUAUAUCAAUAUUCUACAUCUGAAUAAACCAUGUUUAUUUGAAUUACAAGUUCUACUGGGUAUUUGCUACUCACCUAUGGUAAUGUUCUUAAAUUGAUCGUCGUUCAAGCUUUUAGUAUCUCAGAUACCUUACAGAAUGAAUUUUUCAGCUUCUAAUCAAAUACAAGAUGGGGGAAGUCCCGACUUGAGACGAAAAUACAUCGUUAGGCGCACCUCGUCAUAAUUGCAUAUCAUAACGUCUUAACGCGUUUUGUGUACUUUUUUUUAAUUUCAAAACGAUACUUACUUAAAAAAUAUACCUCGUAAUUGUCUUCCAUUUUUUAAAUGAAAACUGUAGUUGAAUAUAAUUUUAUAGGGAAUUUCAAAAUCUCCAACUUCCAAUCUCCUCUUCCAAGAGCGUAUGUCCACCAACUCCUCCACUUCCUUCUAGGAUCCCUUACAAACAUCAGAUCAACGAACAAAUACCAAACUCCCAAAGCACAGGGCACUGCCUAUCUCGGCCCAAGAAACAGGUAGGUCUUUUAAAUAUGUCCCAAGUCGGCGCAAAGAUUAAAACUGCCCGAAAUAAAAUAUACCAGCUCCGCUCAUGGGAUAUUAAUUAUUACUAUCAAAUAAUUUUACAUCUCAUUAAAAAAAAUACAUUUAUAGUAUUUUUACUACAAAAGCGAUAUUACGUAGGUCAAAAUUUUUGACGUAAGAGAACUGUCAAAACAUUAGAAUGUGACUUUUCAUUAUUGCCAUUAAACAUGGCAAUAAUGAAAAGUCACAUUCUAAUGUUUUGACAGUUCUCUUACGUCAAAAAUUUUGACCUACGUAAUAUCGCUUUUGUAGUAAAAAUACUAUAUACAAUAUCUUUAUUAAAUAGAUAUAUUAUACAAAAACAUAUUCAAGUUAUUGUAUUAUAACAUAUUCAAGACUUGUCUUUCUAAUAAGUUUUCUGAUUCUGGAUCAUGAUUAUGAUUAUUGGUUAUACUAGUUGUAAUUCGAUUCUUAUUUUUUGCAAUUGUUUUGAUGAAAUCUUUGCAAUUAUCCUUUACUCCACUUAUCUCCACUUUGUUUCACCUGAAGCUAAUUUUCGUAUUUGUUCUUUAAAUUUAUAAUGUUCACACACUAAUUAAUAACAAUUUUCCUAAUUAGUAGUUGAUUGAAAGAUAAAUUGAUUCCACUACGAGGUGUCGAGCACGUAACAGCGGUCUGUAUUUUGUCGUGCUUUGUAAAACAUAGUGCAAAAACAGUGACAUUCGUGUACCUUCAACUAGAAAUAAUUGUUUUUGACUACAUGAGCAGUGGCGUAACAGAUACCCAAACAGUCAAUAUGUCUCAAACAUCUAACCAGGCUUUAUCCUAUGUAUCAGUAGCGAAAUCGAUUCCACGGCCAACAUUUCCAACCAAGAGAAUCUGUUUCUUAAAUUCGCAAAGAACCCAAAAUUUCUGUACAAUAUUCAAGGAAGGGGUAUUCAGGGUAGAAUGUUUUUCUACGUUAAUAAGAAAUUUUUCCUAAUCUAUAAUUCCAAGAUAAAAUUAUUAUUAUACCUACUAAUACCUACCUGUUAAUCUUCAAGCCGACCUGGGGGGUUUAAAAUGUACCUGGGGUAUCAUAAAGGACUGAAGGAUUAUAGUGAGCCGAGAUGGGAAUACCCCAAAGCACAUUAUGUAGAUCCAUGGCAUUCCCAAAGUAUAUAGAUCUUUUGUUUUUGUAAUUUUAGUUUUCUAAAGGGUAAUUUUGUCAAAUACUGCAAUCUAGAAAACAACGAUCUGAAUAUCGAUUAUUAAAAUCGAAACCGUUGUCAAAGUACAAAGCAAAUAUCAAUUAAUAUUCCUAUAUCUGAUAUGUUUCUUAUUCUACAACAAGCUGUUCUCUUUUUGACGGUUUCAUGUAACCCAAAGUGCUUUCAUUCCGCUGGGAGCGUUAACUAUGUACACUCUGACGACGCGGGGGACGAUCUUAUGUGUAUGCUUUAUGUGUGAUUUACAAAAACAAGAGAUUAUUUAAAAUUUUACUAUUAAUGGUGUGCUAAUGUAUUAAUACAUUAUUAAAAAUUUGCUAUAAAUACUCAAUGUGGUAGAACUUGUCUGAUAGAAUACAUUAAUAUAGUUUACGAAGAGAUUUUAAUAUCAAGCCUUUUUAAUUCCUAUAAAGUUGAACUUUUGCUUCCUCUGCUGCUUUUUCUUCUUAAGUAUAGUAUUUUUUAAGAUAAUACCACCAUAAUUCGGUCUUAAAUUUAUAUGAAAUAUAGCUUUUUAGUGAUUUUCACCAAGCAAGGGUUAGGAACUUUUGUGAACCAUUGUAUUUUGUAUAAUAAAAAUGGUAUUGUGCUUUGUCCCGGAUUGGAAACAUUAUAGUGAAUGAGGGAUAUGUAGAUUCUUUGUUUCCAAAGGAUCUGGUUGAAAAGAAGAGGUCAUUACUAAGGUAAGAAAAUAUAGUAAACUAAGGCUCAGUUUUUCAGUAACUGGUUAAAAUUUUGGUUAGCUAACCUAGUUUAAAUUUUAACCAAUAUCAUGAUACUAUAAAUAAUUAUUUAUGUUGUUUAUAGUAUCAUGGUUAAACCAUCUAUUCUAAUGGGUAUCGGUUAAAAUCUUGGUCAACUUAAACGGGUUUAAAUGCUAACCUAGUACUGAAAAACUGAUUAACCAUAAAUAUUUCGGUGACCAAAAAAUAAAUAGGUUAACCCAGCACUGAAAAACCGACCCUAAAAGAACUAAAUUUAUCGCCCGUCCCCCACGGCUUACAAAUUCUGCCACCAUGAGAAGCACUGUCGAAAUGUCAUAUCCCCUCCAUGUCAACCCUCCCAAGCGGAUAAACUAUUGACUUUCACAUUCCUAAUACAGUUUUUUUAAUAUGAAACUUUACAAAUUAUGUGAAUAUUUUCGUGACUGUCAUUGUUUAUAAGAUAAAAGUAUAUAUCAGUGGUUCUCAACCUUUUUGAGUCAUGUACCAGAAAAUUCUUUCAAUUAUUUUUGGUACCAUGUAACUGAAAUACCUAUCAAGUUAGGUAAUCUAAUUAACUACAAAUAUGCUGGGUUUUGGCUGUGUUUUGUAUACCACCGAAAAUAAUGAUAUGUACCACCAGUGUUAUAUACAGAUUGAGAACCCCUGAGUAUAGAUUAUAUCCCAUACCAAGAGAAAACUAACUUUUUAAUAAUUAUGUUAUUUUGUUAAAACUUGUAUGCUAGAUUUCAUCAAAUACGAAAAAGUAAUGGUAAAUUGUAUAUGGUUAUACAUUAUCCAUCUUAACGAAGAGAUUCUGAAAUAUUUGGAAGGCAAUUAUAAAAAUAUUUAUAGAAAAGUUGGAAUUUUAUAAAGAAACACUAUCCCCUAAGCAUUGUAUGUAAUAAAUAUUAGUACUGUUUGAUGAAGACAUAUUUAUAAGUAUUAUGUACUAUCAAAACUAGAUGUGUUAUUUUUGUUUGAAACAUCUUAGUUUGUUCAUGUUUUAGUUUGAAUCUAUACAUUUCAAAUUAGGCGAGUCUGUAAGUUUAGUCUUAUGGUCUACUAAAUGUUAGAAUAGCUUAAAGCUUGAUUCAUCUCGGUAAAACGAUUACCCGAUAUUCAAACUCUUGAGUAGUAGGAGCCAGUGAAGAAGCUGGUUACAAUAUCUUCCUAGUAUAUCAUUUGGCUACAGCAUAUUGGCUAUAUGAUUGAAUUUUUUACACAAAUAGUACUGACAUGUUUUUAAAGUAAGUCUUUUUGUGUUUCCUUUACACCAGCAUAAAAAGACAUAUCUUCACAAUAGGUUUAACCAAAACACUACAUAAUGCAUUACAACGUAGGUCUACAUAACAAUAUGUAUAUACUCAAAUCAUCAGUGAUCGCGGUCUCUGUUUAAAAUCACCGUUAUCUAAAAAUCACGGUCACUGAUCACGGCGUAAUUUAAAAAUCACCACAUUCGCCAUCACUAGUAUUAUCGUGUCUCAAUAGGUGGCCUAGAUAUUCAAGUUUUCUUUGUUUAAUUUUGCUCACGAUUUCUUUCUCUUUUCCAAUUCUGUGAAUUACCUCUAUGUUGGUGACAUGUUCGGUCCAGAAUAUACAAAGAAUGAGUCUGUACACCCACAUUUCGAAUGCUUCUGGUUUUUUCUCACAGAACACGUGUCGUUAACCUACAAACGCUCAUUUUUUAAAUAUUUUGUGACCCAUGCAGUCACUGCAGAGAACUGAUAUCACAUGCAGUCGAUGCAUCAGAUGCACGAAGGUAGAAUGUAGAAAUGCAAUAUUCUUUCUAAAUAUAGCUUUAAUAAAUCUCGUUAUAAAAAUCUCCCUUGUUGCAAAAUAUUAUGGCAUAGAUAUCGGAAUUGUGCAGACAGUGAUUACAAUGUUCAUCGUAUUUGAUUAUCCAUAAGUGAACGAAGUAAUCAUGGAACACAAAGAUCGCUGUAUAAAGCUCACUGAUUGAGGUAGGUGAACAACGUGUCAGUGUCUGCUCUCUUUGAGUGUUUUGUCAAAGGUCUACAAACAAUUUUUCAUCAUAAAAGGACAUUUUAACAGGUUUUUUUCUACUUGCUUACUAUUUUACAUUAUAAUUAUAACAGCACCGUUAGUAGCAUUAUGAAUCGCAGAGAUUUCUUAAUAACAAGUUAAGUUACAUUUUGCGCAUGCGCCAAAUAGCCACUGCAGCACUACAAUGGUAGAAUUUUAAAACGUACUUUAAAAACAUAUCUGGUACUUCCAUUUAUUUAAUUCGCACUGUUUUAGUUCAUACAGUGCUAGUCAAAAGUCUCCUCCCCCUUGUAUCUUUUGAACGAUUAUACUUAUAAUAGUGAAAUUUUGAGGUAGGAAAUAAACGGACGUAAGCUUCUCAAAUAGUCAUAACAGGUGACGUAAUAGUGAUAGAUGACGUUACAGAGCCACUUUGACCGAUAAUUUUAAAUAGGACUUUAUGUCAAGUGAUAUCUCGUUUGAAUUUAUUGAGAAUACCUAUUCAAUCAUACUAAUUUUGUUUGGUUUUAAGUUGAUUUUGAUGAAUAAAUUAAAUAAAUAUAAAAUUGUAGUUUCGCAUUUAAUUAAUAAAAAUUCAAACGUCCGCCUAUGGUUACUUGUCAAAAAAAAUUGACGUUGACGUAAAAACAACUGGAAAAUUGAAAAACGUCAACUUUUUUGACAAGUAACCGUAGACGGACAUUUGAAUUUUUAUUAAUUAAAUGCGAAACUUCAAUUUUAUAUUUAUUUAAUUUAUUUAUCAAAAUCAACUUAUGACCCAAACAAAAUUAGUACGAUUGAAUAAGUAUUUUCAAUAUUUUUCAAACGAGAUAUUACUGGCCAUAAGCUGACAUUUAAAAUGAUGGGUCAAAGUGGCUCUGUAACGUCAUCUAUCACUAUUACGUCACCUGUUAUGACUAUUUGAGAAGCUUACGUCCGAUUAUUUCCUCCCAAAUUUCACUAUUGUAUGUACCUAUAACCGUUCAAAAGAUACGAGGGGGGAGGGGACUUUUGACUAGCACUGUAUAACUUUUAAGCAGUUUGCAGUGUCACCGUACUUUUUGUUGUGAUCAUAUUUCAUAUACAGUGAUGAACGUACUAAUAACCGGUCAAAUAACGCAAAAGAUGGAAAACAUAUUAAGUUGUGAGAUAAAAAGGGAUGAACCUAGUAGAGGUGUUAAAUUUAGCGAUAGUAACUUAAAAAUUGACAUUAUAUUGAUCGUUUCCCACCUUUAGACGUAUCGGACGAGUUUGAGAAAUUCCACUGUCACAGUGACAGUUUUAGUUGACAUACUCCUCUGAUACGUCUAAAGGUGGGAAACAAUCAACAUAAUGUCGAUGUAUAUGUUACCAUCGCUAAUUUUAACACAUCUACUAGUUUUAUUUUUUUAUCUCACAAUUUAAUAGGUUUUCCAUCUUUUGCGCUAUUUUGCCGGUUAUUAGCGCGCUCCUCACUGUAUUUUGUUAAAUAUUGUCUUAUUUUGAGUGACAGUCUUUUUAGUUUCAAACAAAUAGGAACUGAUUGUAUUAGUUUGAUUAAUUGUAAUGUUUAUAUCCAUAAAUAAUUGGUUAGGAGUAUUAUUUAUUAUUUUAUUUUAUAUUUAAUAUGUAUCUUUUUCGAAUCUGAACCACAGAAGGCAAAUUUGUUUAAAGAACUUUGGCCGUUAAUCGGUAUAACAUGUUUUUUGUUGACAAAUUAACAUUUGUAUUAUUACCUUUUAUACUCAUUUUUAUAUCGUUUUUAUUUUAAAUAUAUUACUUACGUUACUGUA